AUGACCAAUAAUUUCACCAUUCUACAAUUAACAGCUCCUAUACCUUGGAAUUUUCAUUCCACAGACAUGAUGGAUCAAUGCAAUUAUGCAAAUCCUCUUUUCAUUUCCCGAAUUAACAAAAUACCUCCUUCUAAUUUUUAUCGAAUUUACUUGUUAGGAACAAUAUUUGGAUUGGGACUCAUUCUCUAUGUUGGUGCUUUUGCGUUAGUGAUUGCUCGGAGGAACAAAUCUCCACUGAGGGAUCGUUCCGUAUCACUUUUAUUGAUCUCGGGAAUUUCUGGAGCUUUUGGACUUGCCUACAUGUAUUCUCGAUUGUAUUUUGACUUGAUUUUAGUUUGUCCCAUUACGUAUUAUAUGGUGGGAUUGGUUCAAUUUUCAUAUUUUCUUCCAUACUUGUUUCGUUGUUUUAGGACUAUCAUGCAAUAUAAAUUAGCUCAAGCACAAGCUGCCAUCAUGGAAGAGCAAGAGAUUUCUACGGAGGAUCAAUUCAAUGUGAGGGAUUUGAAUAGUUAUUAUUAUGGAGUGGAAUCCAUGACCAGUAGUGGAGAUCGUAGAAGACGGCGAAGGAGAAAUAGAGACAUUCGUGACAAUGCAUUUCUCUCAAGUGAAAAUAGUAAUGAAUUGAAUAUCACUGAAAGGCCGUUGAAUUACGACUUUUUGUCAUCUAAAAAGAGAAUUACACAAGGAAAUAUGAUUUCUGAAUUGGCCAAGAAUGAAAAAUAUUCUCGACUCAUUAGCAAUCAAUAUUACUUCUCUGAGGGAUUUCUUCUCAUAAUUAUGACCAUCAUUCUCUUAAUAUGGACGAUGAUUAUUUUUGUGGCACACAUGCUUGUCAUGUUUGGAUUUAAUCUUAUUAAUCCGGUUUGUCAAAAGAGAUGUAACGAACAUGAGGGCGUCGCUUUGCGAGUAUUCGUUUGUGUGACAAUUAUUCUCAUUAUUCCAUUUGCAUUUUUAUUAUUCAAAAUGAGGAAGAUUAAUGACGAUUUUUCGAUUCGAAAAGAAAUGACGGUCAUGCUAUGUUUUAGCAUUAUUGUAGUGGCUAUUCCUUUAAUUGUGCUGUUAGCAGUUCCUGGCCAGUUUUGGCCUGAUCAACCUACUAUUGGAUAUUUUCUGGGAGUGGAAGUUGUGGGUAGCUUCAUUAUUUCAAUUAUUUAUCCUCUGGGUUCAACAUGGGUUAGAGAUAUUGACAUGUCAAAAUUUAACAUUUUCAAAAGAUGGAAAAAACGCGGAUCCCAUUCUGACCACAUGAUCACCACUUCAAACAUGAUCUUAAACGAAUCGAUCCAUGCAUCAACUAUACCCUCUGAAAGUUCCAUACCAUUUUAUGAAAAAUUUGAAUUUUAUUUACAAAACAACGAUGCAAGAGAGAUUUUCAAACAAUUCCUCGUGAGAGAGUUACACGUUGAAAGUCUGAUGUUUGUCACCGAACUGCAGUAUUUUAAGAGUUUGGAUGAAGAGGACGAAUUACUUGGGGAGAUUGCAAAAACUCUUUUCGAAACCUAUGUCAGAGAUGGAGCACCUUUUGAAGUGCACAUUUCACACAAAGUGAGAAAUGAAUUAAUCAGCAAUUUAGAACGACCUUCUCUGAGUAUUUUCAACAAGGCUGAACAGGAGGUGUUAAAAAAUAUGGAAACUCAAAGUUUUUCUCGAUUCAAAAAAUCAAAUUUAUUUUCAACAUUUACAGAAAGAUUUAAACGAAAUAACUAUUGA